CGGCACUCCAUCCCGGAAGCAGCUGUUCACACCAUCAUGGCGGCGGUGCUGCUGCUGCUGCGGGAGACCUCAAUGACAACGGCUGCGGCGAGACACCUGCUGCGCGGGGGAGGAGGAGGAGGAAGGAGCGAAGCUGUCCUCGCCAUUGGGGCCAGGCCUUUGAAAACUUCCACUUGGCAGCUGGCACAGGACCAAACCCAAGAUACACAACUUAUCACAGUUGAUCAAAAAUUGGACAUUACCCCUCUAACUGGUGUUCCAGAGGAGCAUAUUAAAACAAGAAAAGCGUACAUUUUUGUUCCAGCCCGUAAUGCCAUGCAAGCUGGUGUUAAUAACACAAAAAAAUGGAAAAUGGAAUUUGAUACAAGAGAGCGCUGGGAAAACCCAUUGAUGGGUUGGGCAUCUUCCAACUCUCCGAAACUACUGGAUGUGGUCAUCCAGGGAUUUGGAGUUAAAUGUGAUCAGCAUAUGAUGACACUUUCCCCUUGCCUUAUGAGUCAGAGCGGAUCCUCUGUCCAAUAUGCAACUAACUUUCUCUACAAAAGAAGAUGCUAUUGCAUUUGCUGAAAAAAAUGGCUGGAGCUAUGAUGUUCAAGAGCAGAGGAUUCCAAAACCUAAAUCCAAGUCUUAUGGCGCAAACUUUUCUUGGAACAAAAGAACAAGGGUGUCCACAAAAUAGGUUGGCAUUGGUUGUCUCUGCAUCUGACUGUGAAUAAAGUCAGCUGUGCUGUAUUUAUAGUCCAUGUAUAAUACAUCUCUUAAUCUCCUAAUAAAUUUGACCUUUAAACUA